GCGAGACAUGCUGAAAAAGUGCUGUAUCUCUAUCAAGUCCACCGUGAUCAUAUUUCUUUACAAGUUGCUCCAGGACGAAAGUGCAUGGGCGAAGGAACUGGCGCCGCGUUUGGAGUCCCUUCCUCCCCUGCCAGCUGCGUCGUCGUUUCGGUGUUUCAGCUCCGGUAGACUUGUAUUCAAGCUGUCGGAUUUGAUCUCCCCGGGCGAAUCCACGCGCAAACAAGUGGCCGUUCCAGACAACGUUCCUCGUAGUUCAUCUUCCGAGAUUCUUGUCGUGGAUCAGGAAUCGGCGCGAAGAUCUCCAAGACCAAGGGUCCACUCCUCAUCUCACCGGCGGACUGCAACUCCGGAAUUUCUGCAGCCGUUGUCGAUCGCAUCCUCAUCUUCGGAUCUGCCUGAGAUAGAUCCAGAUCCCUAUCCCGGGCCGAAUGUUCGCGACGACGACGACGGAGACAAACUUGUGAUUCCGUCCAUAGCGGCUGCCACGGUCGUGCCCACCUACAGCACUGAGGGAGCGGAGUUUCGGAUUCCGGCCCGCCAGCAGUACGACAAACUACGGCGGUAUCUGUGCGGGUCGGCCACGAGUUCUUUGCCCGUCGUGGUGUCGAUGUAUGGAACUCUGGAACGUGUAGAUCCGGUGACGAGAAGACAUUUUCAAGUCGCUCAGGUGCCUUCCCCGAGUCGAGAUGUUGUCGAUGAUGCAUGUCUGCUGGAGCAGGCGGGCCGGGCCGCUGUUGUGCUCGGACAUAAUCGAGACGUCAAGCAACUUUCGCUCGUGCGUUUCGACCAAUCGGGGCGCAUGGCCGAGGUGGCGCAUCUCAAUCGUCCAUGGUCGUCUUCCAAGAAGGGUGGCGUGAGUGCGGUGGCUCACAUGAUGGCCCCUCGCAUGUUCGCCACUGGCGGAUAUGAUCACAUGGUCCAUUUGUGGACGGCGACUCGAGAUUUUGCUUCAGCGGCGCCGCAGGUCCUGAACAUGAAACACACUUCGCAGAUCCAGUCAUUGCUUGCCAUUCAGGACACCAGCCACAAGCUGGUGUCUGCCAGCGCCGAUUGCAGCGUGAAUUUCUGGGAUCUGUCCUCUGAGAGGGUGGCUCACACGCUCAAGACAUCGAAUUCGGUGUACCACGCUCACAGGACCCUCUCCUCAUUCUGCACGUUGCUAGAGGCCAGUAGCCGCGUUAUUCGACCGGCAUAUAUUCAUGAGGCUAUCCAGGUCGCACACCGCGAGCUCCAAUUCGAAGUCCGCGAUCACCGCUGCGUUCCGAGCGUUCCGGUGCAGCGAUUCGGACACACUGAAACUCAGCUCGCAGGGCGCUAUGCGAAAAGUGCAUCGCUCGAGAAUUGUUUCGUGUCCGGCAGUCGGGACGGCGUGGUUCGUGUCUGGGACCUGCGUCGGCCGGAUGAACCUCGAGAGACGAUCAAGUGUUUCGAGGGCCAGAAAAUCGUGCAGGUGUUCAUCCAUUCAUCGUCGCGCUUCGUCGCAUGUUCAGAGCACAAGCAAUUCCGUGUGAUCAGCGCCAUGUAGCUUAUUCCGAUAAGAUUAGAUAACUUUGUGUAGUUCUACGUCAUCACGAUGUCGUGUGUGAUCGCCAUUUUCUGCUUCU